GCCUUUCGUUUCCGUUCAAUUCAAUUCCUCCAUCACCUCUCCUUCAUUUUCCUUUCCCUCAUUUUCCUUUCCCACAUUUUCUCAGCAACCAAACGGAGCAUCAACCAUUUGAAAGUUUAACUCUUGCACUCUUCAACUUCAUUAGCAGAUUCAAUUUCCUCCUCCUAAUUCAAACUCUUACAAGCGCAAAACGACGCCGAAUCUGCCAAUAUUGAAAGCAUGAAACCAAUGAGCUACAGAAGGGAGCACCGUUCCUCCAAAUCAGCUCUUUUAGAUGGUCUCGAGGAAGGUGGUCUUAGGGCCUCCUCCUCAUACUCCCAUGACAUUAAUGAGCAUGACAAUGACAAAGCCGUGCAAAGUUUACAAGACAGAGUUGUUUUUCUGAAGAGAUUAACAGGUGAUAUACAUGAAGAGGUGGAGAGUCAUAAUCGUUUGCUUGACCGAAUGGGCAAUCACAUGGAUGCAUCAAGGGGUAUAUUGUUUGGAACAAUGGAUCGGUUUAAGAUGGUAUUUGAGAAAAAAUCAAGUCGGAGAAUGUGUAGACUUGUGGCAUAUUUUGUGGUUUCCUUCUUAAUCAUAUACGUUCUCUUUAGGAUUCGCAGAAUCUUUAUGCAUAGCUGAACCAGAAUUAUAGAAAGCUUCUGUCCCAAUUUUUUUUAUCAAAAGAAAAAUGUUGGCCCAUAUGCAGUAACAUCAUCGGUGCAAAUGCAUCUCACUCAAACGGCGUGACAGCAUGUGAAAAAGAUUUCAGAGCUGAUCAGCAGAAGGAAAUAUUUUUUAUUUCUCAAUAUAGAGAUAUUAUGCCUGAAAGGAUUGGGCAGCAGCUGGAGGUGAGCUGCUUGUUGAAUUGUACAAUAACACAUACUGAACAUUUGUUUCUUGUUUUACAUUUUUAAAAACCUUACACUUUGCUCUUUCUAAUGCAUGGCUUUCUGUCUCAUGGCAUCUUUCGAUUAAAGCAUCAUGCAAACUGAUCAUAAGAAGAAACCAUGCCAGCAUUCAUACAUACCAGCCUAGGUACAUACAUACAUACAUACGUUCAUGCAUA